AUCACGCGAUCACCCGGUUCAAGCCGAAGAUGGCGUGAAACAAGAAUGUGUAGGCCCGGCGAAACGAAUUUGUGGAUCAUGUCAUAUUCGGCUUGCAGCAGGUAGGGCCUAGGGAGAGGUCCCGAAAUCAAAUCGGUAAGAUUCUGGACUAGUCUACUCAAGGCUGCUGAAAGAAUUUGAGGAAUAAUUACUACCUGAGUUAUCUAACAUCCAGUCCUCAUUGCCAUGGAAACGGUCACCUACACCGGUGAUGAUGAUGACACCAUCAUCGUUGUGGAGGAGCAGAAGGAAGGCGACCAUCUCGCGGAGGUUCAGAGAGAAGCCAGAAAGAGAGCAGACUCCAUCUUAGGAAAGUUGACGAGUUCGAUGACGUAUAAGCUAGCUGAUAGACCUCCCUGGUAUUCAACAAUAGUCCUCGCGUUCCAACAUUUUCUAACAAUGUUCGGUGGAUGCCUUGCCAUACCCUUUGUGUUGGGACCAGCUCUAUGCAUCGAGGGGAAAGUUAUUCUCCUCUCCAAACUCCUCGCCACUAUCUGCUUUCUAUCUGGAAUCCAGACAUUCAUCAUGACGACCUUUGGUGUACGACUUCCCAUUGUCCAGGGACCCUCGUUUGCUUUUGUUGUUCCGUUAAUCUCUAUGAUGAAUGUGCGAGAGGCCUGUCCAGCUGGAGGCGAUAACUCAACGAAUGUUGAGGAUAAUGCAGAGUUUUAUAGUCGCAUGCAAGAGACUCAAGGGGCCCUUAUAGUGUCUUCUUUUUUCGAGAUUGUUCUUGGUUUUACUGGAAUCAUCAGUAUCCUGAUGAAAUACAUCGGGCCUCUAACCAUAGCACCAACGGUUACUCUAAUAGGUCUGUCCCUCACACCCGUUGCAACAGAGAAGUGCAGUGUCCACUGGGGAAUUGCAACGUUCACGAUGGCGUUAAUCAUUCUCUGCUCUCAAUACAUUGACCGUCUCAAGGUUCCCUGUCUAGGGUUCAGCAAAAGCAAUGGAUGCCAUGUCUUUAGAUACCCCCUAUUCCGCCUUUUCCCGAUCUUCAUCGCCGCAGUCCUUUCGUGGCUACUCUGUUUUAUCCUGACUAUCACUGAUGUGUUCCCAAAUGAUCCUAGCUCACCUAACUACAGGGUUCGUACCGAUGCAAACAGUGAAGGCGUGGCUAAUACACCUUGGUUCUAUUUCCCUUACCCAGGACAAUGGGGAGCGCCCUCUUUUUCUGCAGGAGGUGUGUUUGGGAUGAGCGCCGCCGUUCUUGCCUCCAUCGUUGAGUCCAUUGGGGACUACUACGCAUGUGCCAAACUAUCCGGAGCACCUAAUCCACCCGAUCACGCCUUGAAUAGAGGGAUCGGCAUAGAGGGCAUUGGCGGUUUCCUCGCAGGGCUUUGGGGCGCAUGCGUCAGCGCCACAUCGUACUCGACCAACAUAGGGAUGAUCGGAUUGACAAAAGUGAGCAGUCUCUUGGUAAUUCAAGUGAUGUCCACUUUUCUUGUAAUGAUGGGAAUACUUCUCAAGUUUGGUGCUGUAUUUGCGACUAUUCCCGAACCAAUCAUCGGUGGCAUCAUCGCUGUAUCUGUAGGGAUGGUGACGUCAGUCGGUAUCUCGAAUCUUCAGUAUGUGGACAUCAACUCUCCAAGAAAUCUGUUCAUUGUUGGCUUUUCUCUGCUGCUUGGAACAAGCCUUCCAGAUUACAUGUCGAAAAAUCCGCAUGCUAUCCAGACAGGAUCAGCGACGGUUGAUCAAAUUUUUGCAGUCCUUCUUGGUACUAGCAUGUUCAUUGGUGGAUUAACAGGCUUCAUCCUCGACAACACAAUACCAGGUACACCUGCUGAACGCGGUAUAGGAAAGAUGCUAAGCAUGUACAGCUCUUCCAAAAACGACGACGACAACGAUGACGCAAUCGGAGACGAUAACGAGCUCAAGACCGAAGUCUCUCGCCUCGUCAAUCAAUGUUAUGAAUUACCCUACGGAAUGUCUUACAUCAGAACCUGGGCGUGGACAUCGAGGCUUCCAUUUUGUCCGACAUUUUCUGGUCUUGACUGCAACUGUAAACCCAAGGAUCAACUCUGGAGGCGGAAACCAAGGGAAACCGACGGAACCGACACCAAAGAGAAAUAAGAACACACGACAGAUAUGUGCGAAGAUAUUCCGUCGUCUUUCUGUCGUGCGCGUUUGCAUACGCGGCGUCAUUCCGAUUGCAUUAUCACCUGCGCUAAUUGAGUCUGUAAAUGAGAGGUGUGUAUCCUCUCUAAUUCACUUAAGUAUUCCCUCAAUGGUCAUUUUGCAUUCCCUUGUUGUACGGGGUCACUUUCUCAAGGCGCGUCAAGUACUGACGCAGUCCUAUACGUCAGGCAACUGAAGCCUCAUGUGUAGAUUAUAGGUUCCCAUAAAUAAAACUAACAUUUGAUUGAAGUGGUUGUAAUGGUGAAGGACGUAACAAUAAUAUUGGGGCAAGAAGGCCUUGACAUGAGAUGAUAUACAACGUGAAACAAGCAAAAAUAGCAAAAAUAGCAAAUACAGCAAACAAAUUAAUUUGUUACAAAAUAAAUGACACGAUAGUCACUUUAAAAUAUCGAGGUCAUGGAACGAGGUCACUCGAGCGAGGCAGUAGACAUGCAAAAUCAUGAGACAGUAAUGUAUACAAUAAUAUAUAGGCCGUCGUAGCCCAGACACAAUCCAGUUUCCAACAUGCAUUCAAACCCAUGCACGUCUAUGGCGCGCCAUUUGACCAAUAAUUCAGAUAAACACUGUUUAUCGCCGAAAAACAGUGUUUAUCGAGCGAUAAACAGUGUUUAUCUGAAUUAUUGGUCAAACGACGCGACGAUAAACUCUGUUUAUCGAUAAACAUUGUUUAUCGAAAAGCAGAUUUAUUUGUAUUUCGUCGGGAGUGGGCGCUUUUCCAAGUUGCACUCAAAGAGAUUCGAUCACACGUAGUAUGUCCUCCGGAAGAGGACUAGAGGGGCAGCUUAAUUGUUAGCUUUGACAUUCUAUAGCUUUGCAUGGGAUGCAUUAUUAUUUGAACGAUUUUGGACGGCCAAUGUUUAUGAGCAAGGCCUUACAAAAGACGCCAAUUGCUGUUUGUUGAUUCGUUAUCAACAAAAUGUUUUACAAUACUAAUAACGAUAAUUAUAAUGAUAAUAUCUGAUGAACAACAAUAAUAAUGGUACAAAGUAAUAGUAGUAAUAACAACAAUAAUGUUAUGUUAAAAAGUACUCGUAAAACUCAGUAAAUACCUGUGCUUUCCAUAGGAUGUUGAUAAUUGAAUGAAUCAUAUGAAUUUCAUUUAAAAAUAUUCACAUUUCUAAAUUUAUUAAAGAGAAACAGCCCAUUCUUGGGUUAAUUUUCUCAUUCGAUGUAAUAUAAUGUUAUGUUGCAUUUAUAAAGAUCAUUAUAUAAAUAAAUAUGUCGAUAAAUGAGUUCAUAAAUGUUGA